AUGGUCGAGAAAACAUUCUUGCAGUGGCUCUUCAGAGUCCCAGUGGCGCCCGUCGAAACCAACAUCCACAAGAAGGACGACUUCUCCUGGCUGCGACCCUCUGAGGACACCAUCAGCAGCAUCGGCAGCGACGGCAGCAGCGGAACGCCAGAAGUCUCGCACCCGAUCAAAGGCGACGACGAUCCGUACACGCAUCCUUACGACCGAGAGGUCAAGUCAGGCAAGAGGAAGAAGGACAAGCGAUCCGACUUUGCCACGCUUCACCCGGAACAGGAAAACCAAUAG